AUGUCGGUCAAUUCAGAGGAAGAGCAACGGCCGAAUGUCAUAGAUGGCUCGGACAAGGCCAACACAACUGUUGUUGGCAAAGAGACGGGUAAUGGAUCGAAUGAUCCAUUUCAUCUGCCGAAAUGGCAGAGUAAUGUCACUAUCGUGAGCUGUUACAUUGCGAACUUCAGCGAUGGCUUUCAGAACACGCUUGCCAAUCCGACGAAUGUCAUUUUCAAGGAACUUCUUGGAUCAGGUGGUUAUUCGUCCGAGAUGAAAACUCGGAUCAGUAACUCCUUAAUUAUUGGCGCGAUUCUCGGUGUUGUUGUGCUGGGCUAUACUUCAGACAUGUUCUCGCGUCGAUCUGGAUUGUUAUUCACGUCAUCUUUGGUCGCGAUUGGCACGCUGAUGUCGACUGUGGCAUUGAGUGUCCAUCCGUCGCAUAACAUGCUGUGGUAUUUUGUUGUUGCCCGUGGUAUUGCUGGAUUCGGCGUCGGUGGUGAAUAUCCUCCCAGUGCGGCCGCUGGUAUCGAGGAAUCUGACUCUGUCUUGCAGAAGUACCGAGGCCCGCUUUUCGUCUCCUUCACGACGUUGAUGGCCACGCUUGCAGGUCCAAUCCUUCAGAUUAUCUAUCUGAUCUGCCUGAUCGCCAGUGACAAUAACCUGACUGUCACAUUCCACGCGAUCUACUCGAUCGCCACUAUCUUGCCGAUUUUUAUCAUCAUCUUGCGCCUGUUCAUGGUCGACUCGUCGUUGUUCCAUCACUCAAAUCUGACAAACCAACGCCGUUCACCGAAGGUAUACCUGCUUCUUGCCCGGCGGUACCGGUGGCGCAUCUUCACGACAUCGCUCGCGUUCUUCCUGUAUGACUUCAUCAACUUCCCCAACAGUAUCAUGUCCAGCACCAUUAUUUCGUCUCUGGUCAAAGACAGCGAUAUCAGACAAACUGCUAUUUGGCAGGUCAUUCUGGCAGUCCUCCCGGUUCCUGGUGUCAUGAUCGGUGCGUGGUUAACCAAUGCCAUAGGUCGUCGAAACACUGGAAUUCUAGGUUUUGCGGGAUACAUGGUUCUCGGUUUCAUUAUUGGAGGCACAUACGAAAAACUCUCGAAGCACAUUGCCGCCUUUGUUGUCCUGUAUGGUCUGUUGCAGGCAUUUGGUCAUAUGGGACCUGGUGCUACGAUUGGCUUGAUCUCCUCAGAGGCUUUCCCCACAGCCAUGAGAGGAAUGGGUUAUGGAAUUGCAACUGCUUUUGGUAGGACUGGUGCUGCAGUUGGCACGGAGUGUUUCACUCCUCUGGAAAAGGCGGCUGGCAGCAGCUCUACGUUCUACCUGGCUGGUGGAGUGGCUGUUCUUGGCAUGAUCGUUUACGCCCUGCUUCCCGAGAGCAGGAAGUUGGAUCUGGAGGAAGAAGACAGGUCACUGGAGGAGUUCCUGGCGCAGCACGGAUACAGCACCAACAACUAG